AUGGACCCUGCAUCAACACCCGGUGUCACAAACACCACCCCACGCCCCGAGGAGAGUCCAUCCGCCCCCGCAGCGAUCCCUCAGCCCACCCCAGAGCCAGCACCGACGACGAGCUCCAACGUCAACGAACCAUCCGCGCCCGCAGAGACCCCAUCAGCAACAGACGACGCCCCAGCGGCGCUGUCAGCUUCAGUCCCAGCGCAGAAACAAAACCCAGCGUCAACCGUCCAAGACGACUCGGACUCGGACUCGGAGUUCGACGAGCUAGAUGGCCAUGAAAGCAAAGAGACUAACAAAACCCCAGACGUGCUCGACAACUUCUCCAAACCCGCCGCGCAGCCCGCCGCCCCCGCCGAUGACUUCGACGACGACGCCGCCUUCAUGCGCCAGCUCGAGCAGGAUAUGGCGAAGAUGAUGGGCCACGCGGCGCAGGAGUCCGGCGCCGCGAACGACAAGGAGUUCGAGAAUACGAUCAACCAGGGCGCGGACGCGUUCACGAAACAGCUCGAGGAGAGCGGCAUUCCGCCGGGGGAUUUCUUGAAGCAGCUGCUGGCGGAUGUUAUGGCGGAGGAGGAGGAGGGUACGGGGGCGGGAGCGGGAGCGGCCGCUUCAGCGGCGACUGCGUCUGUCUCUGCGUCCGCGCCUGCUGGUGCUAGCGCGGGUGCUGGGGCUGGGGCUGCGCCGGAGUCGUUCAACGAUGCGAUUCAGCGGACGAUUCAUCGGAUGAAAGAGUCCGGGGACAAGGCGACUGCGGCUGCGACUGAGGAGGGCGGACUCUCGGAGGAUGUGCUGAUGCAGCUGCUGAAGAGCCUGGAGGAUGGCGCUGGGGCUGGCGAUGACGAUCUCGGUUUCACGAAGAUGAUUGCCGGGAUGAUGGAGCAGUUCACGAACAAGGAGAUGUUGUACGAGCCGAUGAAGGAGCUGGAUGGAAAGUGGGGGCCGUGGCUCAAGGAGAACCGGGGUAAGGUCGCCGAUGAGGAUAUGGAGCGCUAUGAGAAGCAGGCCAAGCUGGUGACGCAGAUCGUGGAGAAGUUCGAGGAGGAGGGGUACACAGAUGAGGACCCGAAGCAUCGGGGAUAUGUGUGGGAAAGAAUGCAAGAGAUGCAAGCGCUGGGCAGUCCGCCCGAGGAGCUCGUUGCGAACCCCUGGCCGGAGGACAUGGGAGAGCUCGGAGAUGGGAACGCGAAUGUCCCCGGCUGUCCUCAGCAAUAA